GACACAACAUGGCGAUUAAGCCAUCGUGGGCCGUGGAAGGCAGAUCCGCUGGAGGCUGCAGCCCAUGGGUCCAAUACCAGUGCCAGACCUCCCGCCGGCCCACCCGCGGGGAAGGAAGGCAAAAACUCAUCUUCGAAGCCACCGGCCAGCCUCAUCCCCCUCGUCGCCGUCGCUCUACCUCCUCUUCUUCUCCUCCGCCCGCCGUCGCGUCCAUUGGGUGCCGCCUGAGCACAGAGCAGAGCCCUCCCAUGGCACUGCGGCGUGGGGCCCCUCCCUGCACGCCGCGGGCGCCGGCCGAUGGGCUCUGCGGCGCCGGCCGCGGCUCCGCGCCGGCGCGGUGCUGCGUACCCCUCCGCCAGGCAUGCUUCCUGCGGCCGCCGAGCGAGAAGAACGGAGGGGCUAUCAGAUGGAGGCCAGCCCUUGCUUUGGAGACUGGUGGAUCACCUAACACUGAUGGCCAAGACUUCGAAGAGGACAGUGGCUUCCUUGGUAGGACAAGGCUGGGUAGACUCAUCCAAGCUGCUGCAAGGGAGCUACUUGAAAAGCUGAACUCUGCCAGAACCAACUCCCCCACAAAGAUAUUCCUCGUCCUCCUUGGCUUCUACACUGCCAACGCCUUGGCAACAAUCCUAGGGCAGACUGGUGACUGGGAUGUUCUUGUUGCUGGUGUUGUAGUGACUGCCAUUGAGGGAAUCGGCAUGCUUAUGUACAGAAAACCAAUCGCUAGGCCUCCUGGGAGAUUGCAGUCUUUGAUUGCAAUGGUGAACUACUGGAAAGCUGGUGUAUGUCUAGGCCUUUUCGUGGACGCCUUCAAACUGGGUAGCUGACUUCAGGCAAUCGUAAUCUGGCAUCUACCAGUAUUGUUGUUGAUAUAUGGCUCUUUGCUCAAAUUUCAAUAUUGUUACAUUUAGCUCUUUGUUGGAAGAGAUGGCUGCAGUUGAAGGUAAUCAAUUUCUUCAGAGUUUAGUGAGAUGUUUGGCACUGGCAUUAUUCUGGGGCGACGGUAUUCUUUUUUUUUUCCCUGAAAGGAAGACGUAUAUGGUAUGUUUGUGAACAGUUGAGGAUCAUUUGGCAUCUGACUUGUAUAUAUGCUGAAAUUCUUCUGGACUUCCA